CGCUGGAGGCCUCUGAGAGGGCAGCGGGCAAGCACAGGCAGAAUUCUUUGUUAUAUCACUGAAUAAUGGAUGAGGCUGACAGAGAAAAAGAGAAGAGGCAAAGUCAAUCCAGAAACCUCCAGAGAGCAAUCUAAUUGGAUUCCAUCAUUUCGUAGCUAUGAAGACUUCAAGUGUAAGACACUACAAUCAUUAGAUGGCUUUAUGAUAAUACUGAGCACAGAUGGAAUUAUAAUUUUUGUCGCUGGAAACAUCACUUGUCUCCUUGGCCAUUUACCAGAUGAGAUCGUGGGUAAAAAGUUAUUAAGUCUUCUGCCUGAUCAUGAGAAAAACGAAGUUUACCGAAAGAUCGCUCUCAAACUUCCUUUGUCAAACUCAGGUACAGAUUUGGGAAAACAUAUUGAUUUUUGCUGUCAUUUAAAGAGAGGAAAUGUUGAACAUGAUAGCAGACCUACUUAUGAAUAUGUGAAAUGCUUCCUGACAGUAAAAGAUAUUUCAGCUGAGCCUUUGGUGCUCUUCAGUAGCUUCUUCCCCAUCCACUCCUAUGCUGAAUCGUCUUCUGCAUAUCUUCCUCUGGAGGAUCGGUUUUAUCUGGUGGGAUCCAUUUGUGUCCUUAGGGAUCAGACCCUACGGGAACUUUUCACUGUAAAGAAAGCCGGGGAAGAGGUUCUGCUGAUACAAGACUCAGAUGAGGAACAUGCAUCUCCAGAGCGCAGAAGCCAGGGCCAAAAACGAAGUUUUAGAACGGAAUCGCUGCCUGCUGAAUCUGCUGCUGCUGCUGCCGCCUCAGACGAUCAAGCUGAUGAUAUUGUAGCGGUCGAGCAGUAUGGUCCCCAAGAGUCUGUUCAUGUAAUUAGGGCAGAGUCUGAUACAGAUGAUUCCAGCACAUCGUCCCUGGAAAAAAUACUGGCAUCACCAGCUACAUCAUCUUCGCAGAGCUUUGAAUUCGAACAGGUGGACGAGGUGGAGCAAGUAGAUGAAGAGAAAGAGGUGGAGCAGCUGGACCAGGUGGAGCAGCUGGACCAGGUGGAGCAGGAGGCCCGCUCAGCCUCCAGUGCUUCUGCUGGCACCAGCGAUGAGCCAUUACAACCAUCGCCAUCAAUUAUAUCAUAUAUCAACAAGCGGGAGGUGGAGCUGAUGAAAAAGUUUAAGGAGCAGCUGGAGGAGAAGACACAGAUGCUGCGGGCUGAUAUCAGAAGCCAGCAGGACGCACUGGAAAUGAUAAAGGAACAGCUUCAGAGAAUGCAGGAUUCCAACUUUCAGAUGCAGCCAACCGUCUCACACCACCUUGACCAUCCUGAGCCCCAGUCUUUAGAGCCAGUGCCCAAGAAACAACGCACUGAGCAAAUGGAGUCCCUCUCCGAUUUCGAGAUCAGCCUUUCCUGUGGUUCAUGUUCAUCCCACUCUUUCAAUUGCCCUGAGGAGCUUGAGGAGCCUUGUGAUGUCUCCAGCCAGCCGCUGCUGCAGGGACAGGACCUGUUUCCGCAGCAGCAGUUGCAGCAGAUGCAGGACCAGCACUUUGGGCAGCAGCUGCUGCCGGAGCAGCAGAUGCAGGAGCAGCCACAGCAGCCUAGUGCCACAGUGGGAAACCAGAUGCUGCAGAUAUGCCUGCCAGGCCAGGCCAGCGUAGCUGUGCCCCUCUGUGAGGACCCCGCGACGUUCAUGCAGACCCAGCCCAUCGUUGUUCCUGUCCAGUUAGUAGCUGGACAACAGCCCUCUGGCUACUAUCAAGAUGAAACCCCGGGGGACGAUGAAGAUGACAGUCAUAGUUUUCUUUCUGAGGAGCAGCAGGGGGUGCCCAUGGAUCCACUGCCACUGGGGUAUAGCCCGGUCUCUGACACAGUCACUUCUACCAGCUUCCCUCUGUCUCCCAUGAAUUCUGACUCCAACUUAGUCACCCUGGAGACCCCGCAGGAUUACAUCCAACUCUGGCAACAGCCGCCAGAUCCACAGCAUCACUACCUCCAUGUGAACGCUUGGCCUUCCAGUGAGCAGACCGCCCUGCAGGACCAAGCCACCUGGCCCCAGGUGCCACCUCCUGAGGCAAGUCCGGAGGCUUUCGAGGACCCUGAUGAGUACUCACCAGGCCGUAUGGGCUAUUUUAUGUCUGCAGAGCCGUCUGACUUGGAUGAGCACCAGCAGCAGCGGUACUUUCACACCAAACCUUGA